AUGGAAAGUGAAGAAGAUUUAGCUAGUACCUUAUCACACGAUGAGUUACUGGAAAUCACGCAAUCUUCUCUAGCAACGUUACUUAGUAAAGACUCGUUCUUGAAAGAUCUUCCUAACGAUAUUAUUAUUGAAGAAAUUUUGUCUCAGAUAGCUGUAGAACAUGGGCAAUCAAUCACAAUUUUUAUAUCAAGAGAAAGUGAGCCAACCUUAAAAGUUAUUAUACGCCAAGACGCGAAGGUUAGAGAUUUGAAGAAAGCAAUUCAGAGACAUUUUGAAUUAUAUCAGAAGAGAGCUGGAAUCAAAACUAAGAUUUCAUGGAAAUAUAUUUGGAAGACUUAUAAUUUGAACUUUGAUAGCAUAGCUUUAGAUGAUAAUAAUGCCAAUAUACAAGAGUAUGGUGUUACAAAUAAAGUAACGUUAAUAUUUAAAAAAAGGAAGAAACAAAAAAAGAUUGUUUAA